GCUCACACGCCUUAGUAAGCUUACGUACAUCCUUUUUCUACAAAAAACGCACUCCUAAAAAUAAAAAGAACAUUGAUGUAUACGAUAUGUGCAACACUAUCCAAACUAUAACGCGAAUCGUCCACACGUGCUUGAUCAUUGACUCAGCUGCGCGCACAUGAACCAGGAGUUGAAAACAAUCGUAAAUGUCAAUAUUCUGUUUCACAUUUCAAUGUUGCGUUAGAGAGAAAAUUGACCUCGUUCUUUUUGACAUUACCCAUAAGGUACAUUACUUUAUUUACACGUGCCACAUUCUAACUACCAUGUUAAACUUCAAAGACCAACAAUCCGUAUAAUCUACCUGUAACAACCUGUUAUGACCGGUCAACCGAUUGUGGCUCUUUUAUCAAAAUAUAGUUUCUCCCAAAAUCCUCAGAACAGGACAGGCAUUUAAAUACAAUAGCUCAGCAGUUUCAUUAAAGGAUUGUUUCAUUUAAGUGCUACUUUCUUACAGGCUGUGGUGCGCUUAAAGAGUAGGGAGAAUUCAAAGACUGAGAAUGUAUUGAUUUACCUGGCGCAUUUGUAAUCCCAAAGGCAUUUGUUGGUCGUCAGAGUUGUGAGCACUAAAAAAUCAGCCUACGGGUUACAAGAUUCAUCGAAUUUGAUAUGCUUUUUCAAUAUGGAAAUCCUUGAACACCAAUUGCGUCUUUAAAAUUUUAGGCUGUGUAGGGACCUUGUCUUUCCUGAUUGAACAAUGGGAUGUCUUUGGCAGUUUUCACGGCGGAAGUUUAUUUCUCUUGAGAAAUUGGAGGAGACAAAACUCUCUCGAUGUCUUUCACUUCUCGAUCUUACCACUCUCGGCAUCGGCUGUACUCUGGGAGCUGGUGUGUAUGUAAUUGCUUGUGAAAUUGCUCGAGAUGUAGCCGGGCCCGCAACGGUGAUUUCAUUUCUUAUCGCUGGUAUUGCCUCCGUCUUGUCAGGACUUUGUUACGCUGAAUUUGGGGCUCGCGUGCCAAAGGCUGGAUCAGCGUACAUUUACAGUUAUGUAACUGUUGGCGAGCUUGUAGCAUUCAUCAUAGGUUGGAAUCUUGUGAUGGAAUAUAUGAUCGGGGCUGCCGCUAUCGGUCGAGCUUGGAGUGCGUAUUUCGAUUCUAUGAUACAUGACAAAGUUCGACUUUGGGUUUUAGAAAAUAUAGGACCGAUAAGGAUUGAUGGACUCGGAGGGUACCCGGAUUUUUUAUCAGCAGGAAUCAUUUUUGUCUUGAUGAUUAUUCAACUGUUUGGUGUAAAGAAAUCCACCGUCUUCAUUUUUGUUGUCACUUGCGUUAACAUGAUCGUAAUCCUAUUUAUAAUCGUCAUGGGAAUCACAUUAGCCAGACCAGAGUAUUGGUCGGAUUUUAUGCCGUACGGUCCCACAGGAGUAUUAGCCGGUUCGGCCACAGCCUUUUUCGCUUUUGUUGGAUUCGAUGUUAUUGCGACUGCCGGCGAAGAAGCGAAGAACCCUAGUAAGGCCAUACCACUUUCCAUUAUGCUGGCGCUGACAGUUUGCUUCUUGGCAUAUUUUGGUGUUUCUGCGGCGGUAACAUUAAUCUGGCCUUAUAACAAGUUAGAUUAUGGCGCGGCCUUACCUAAAGCUUUUGAACACCGAGGAGCAGAUUUUGCAAAAUACAUCAUUGCGGCUGGUGCUCUUUGUGGGAUGACAGCUGCUAUAAAUGGAGGGCUUUUCCCUUUACCACGCUUACUGUAUGCCAUGGCUAGCGACGGAUUAAUUUUCAAGUGCUUUGCAUGUGUUAGUAAAAGCACCGAGGUCCCUUUUGUAGGUACUCUUUUUUCAGGGAUUCUUGCAGGUAUUCUAGGAAUGAUCUUUGAACUGCAAGCCCUCGUAGAGAUGAUGUCCAUAGGGACCCUGCAGGCAUAUACCAUCGUCUCCACAUCGGUUUUGAUUCUCCGGUAUCAACCUGGCACUAUAGGCUUUGUUAAGAGCAUUGAAGAGGAGCCCGAGUCGAGCUCUGAAUUAAAGAAACCUCUGCAGGAACCAACAGAACGCUCUGGGAAAAUUUCAAGAUGCAUAAUAUGGUUCCUUUUCUUUUACUUCUUUGGUCUUAGUGCGUUCUUCAUCAAUGGGCUCAUUCCAAUGUAUGAAGGAGAAUUAUGGGCAGUUAUUCUAGCCUUGUUGUUGGUCAUAGCUUUUGUGGUUGCAGUCGCAAUAUUGUCUAUGCAGCCGAAAAGUUUAACGCCAUUACCUUUCAAAGUUCCCCUCGUCCCCGGCCUCCCUUUGUCAUCAAUGUUUAUUAAUAUCUAUUUGAUGAUGGAACUUAAUCCAGCCACGUGGAUGAGAUUUGCUGUUUGGAUGGCCAUAGGUCUGUCCAUUUACAUUUUCUACGGCCUCCGACACAGCGUGGAAGGGAAGCGGCAACAAGAACAAGAGGGUUAUGUUCCUUUGGACCAAAUUAACGGUAAAAAUGAUCAAGACAAGGAUGGCGAAACUUUGGAGUGAAGCAGUUAAAAAUAAUUAUGAAUCAACAAAAUACCGAGAUCAUUAUCUUAAAAGGUCUGCAGAACUUUAGGUUUUACAAAAUUUUAAAUUUCUUCGAAUAUCUGAAAAUUUAUGUGAAAAAAUCUAAAUAAAAUAUUGAUACGAAACAUUUCUUACGGAACACUAGAUAUAGUCAACUGUUUUAAAAUUCUUCUGACGUUGUCAUACCAACCAUUCAUUUGUUGUCUAACUUGUUUCAAAGCAAGACUAAUACAAAUCUUCCAUUCAUGAUAGAGAGCAUGAAGUGAACAUAUCUCAAACACGUCUCAUUCUUCAAUGAAAGGCAUAUUCGAUACUCUUUCUUUAGUUAAAAUCUUUCCUGUAGUUGGACUUCGUAAACAAGCUAUUACAUUCCAACUGAGGAAGAAUGUAAAAGGAGUUUAAGUAGUAAAAAACAAAUUCCGGUAACCAUGUUUUUACAUCGUUUGUGAAAGAGUAAUCAGGACUAGCUACAGAAACGAACUGCACGUUAAACAUAACCGUAAACCCUGCUAAAUUAUUUGAAGAAGUAAAAUAAUUACACUGGUAAUUAUGAGAUAUAGUAAAAGAGCUAAAGAAGUCAGGAGAUUCUUCAGGUCUUCGUCGAGCUACAGGCGUUAUCGUGAAAUAUGUUAUAAUCAUGACCGACCAAUAAAGACAAAUGAUCCAUUUAUAAUAUUA